AUGGAUUCAACAGAACAAACUUGUAAUCGUGAGCUGCAGCUAGACGAACCUGGCGGAGACGAUGCGGGUCAAACAACACUUCCCUUAUCGCGGGUGAAAACCAUCAUUGCGACCGUCCCCGAUGCCUUGCCUCCUUCUUCGGAAGCGUUAUUUUGCGUUGCUAAAGGAGCUGAGUUGUUCAUAGAACAUCUAGUAAAGAAUGUCGCAAAACAGUACGGCGAACACAUUGAUUACGAUGAAGUCGCCGAGUAUGUGCAAGAGAAUGAUGAACUGGAAUAUUUGCAUGAUUUUUUCCCUAGGCGAUUGACCUACGAAGUUGCCCUGAAUCACGUGAAAGCUCGAGAGGAGGAGUAA